AUGCGAGGACCACCUCCGCGCGGACCGCCGUCUAGCAGAGGAAGAGGAGGCUACUAUCCCGGCCCCUCACGCUCUGCCAGCGCCGCACGGAUGGGAGAGCCUCCCAUAGCCCUGCCUGGUCGAAGUGCGACGAUGCCUUCUGGGGCCCCUCCUAUGAUGUAUCCGGCAGGGCCCCAGCAGACGUUCUCAGACUACGACUAUGCAAGCAGUCCGAUCAGUCCAGUUGAGGCUCCUCUACGUCCUAGCACGGCCGGGGGAAUGCGACAUCCACCGCGCCCUAUUAAUGAAAUCGAUCCGGGACUAAUGAUACCGCCACCGCCUGAUCCAUCCAAUCGAGUAUCUUACGCACCCAAGGAAUUCUUGGACAGUUACUAUGAGAGUGGCGACGAACCAGAGAUGCCGAACUUCGAUGCCAUGCCGCAAACGCACAUGGGUCCGAUUGAUGAGAUGGGAUUGGAUACCCCGAGGCCAGCCGUGCAGACGCCCACUUCUCCGCCUGUCACAUCACCAAGCGGCGCAUACUCUCCUUAUACUCCAGAAUCGGCAUCUGGAAUCCCGCAAUCGCACUUGCAACCCAAUAUGGGCAAUGCAAGUGGCCCUAAUCAGUUCGAAAAUGCCGGUUUCCACUUUGAUAUCCCUACAGAACCACCCCGCCAGCCGGAAGGAUACAUUCCUAAUAGCUACGAAGCGAACGGUGCUGGUCCGUACCAAAAUCAAGCCAGAGCACCUGAACCUCAGCAUAACCCCGAUGCUUUGCCCGUUCAUCCAACACCGUUUCGUCCGGGCCUUGAUCAAAAGCCUCCUCCAAUCCGCCUAUACAACACCGCACCCAUCACUGCUUCCGCGCCUGCGCCAACUCCCACCGUGGGUCCACAGCCUGCACGUCCAGUGAGUAUGGGACCUACGCCUGUUACGCAAGAAGAAUUGCAGCAACUUCAACAGAAAGUGCGCGGCAACCCUUCCGACCAAGCUUCUCAACUUCUCCUCGCUAAGAAGCUAGUGGAAGCCGCUACUGUUCUUAUUGGAGAUAAUAAUCGACUUGACCCUAAGACGAAAGCCAAGGCAAAGGAGAAGUAUAUCAUGGAUGCACACAAGAUCGUGAAGAAACUCGUUCAAGCCGGCUACGCAGAUGCACAAUUCUACCUGGCUGAUUGCUAUGGCGAGGGUCAGCUAGGGCUGGAAGCCGACCCCAAAGAGGCCUUUGCCUUGUAUCACUCUGCUGCUAAAAGCGGCCAUGCUCAAUCUGCUUACCGUGUUGCUGUCUGCUCCGAGAUUGGCCAAGAAGAAGGCGGUGGCACCAAGCGGGAUCCAUUCAAGGCCGUGCAGUGGUACAAGCGUGCCGCGGCGUUGGGCGAUACCCCGGCGAUGUAUAAGAUGGGCAUGAUUCACUUGAAAGGCUUGCUGGGUCAAGCCCGAAACCCUCGUGAGGGCGUUUCAUGGUUGAAGCGUGCUGCUGAGCGUGCAGACGAGGAGAACCCCCAUGCGCUUCACGAGCUGGCUCUCAUGUAUCAAAACGCCGGUGGAAACGACGUCAUUAUCCGUGAUGAGAAAUACGCCAACCAACUAUUCCACCAAGCCGCGGACCUGGGCUACAAGUUCUCGCAGUUUCGACUGGGCACAGCCUACGAGUAUGGUCUUAUGGGCAAUCCAGUCGACAAUCGCAUGAGUAUCAUCUGGUAUACCCGUGCCGCCGCUCAGGGUGAGCAUCAGAGUGAACUCGCUCUCAGUGGUUGGUACCUUACUGGUUCCGAAGGCAUUCUGCAGCAAAAUGACACGGAGGCCUAUCUUUGGGCUCGCAAAGCAGCCACUGCUGGUCUUGCCAAGGCAGAGUAUGCCAUGGGAUACUUCACUGAGGUUGGAAUUGGCGUGUCUGCGAAUCUGGAGGACGCAAAGAGAUGGUACUGGCGUGCAGCUUGUGAGUCUUUUCUGAAUCCUUGCAACAACUAUCGUUAA